AGUCACAUCCAAGUUACAGCUUAAGGGGCGGGAAACCUUUUUUAAACUAGCGAUUGCACUGAAAACAAUAAGUUUGGCUGGUCAGCCAAACAUUUAGCUAUUCCAUUAACGUCAUCGUUUACUGUUUUAAUCUUGACAAGAGGACUGUAGGAAAUAACCGCAGAUGCAAUGUCAAAUGUCGUUUUGAGUGCAAAUUAUAUGGAGGCAUCAACAUUAGACAGUCUCGACGAGUCUACAUCAAGCUCGGACGCUGGAGAUGUUUUAAUUCGCGCAACUAGAAUUCCAUUUCUAAACCAGAGCAGCUUUGAUAAACGGAAUUUUGGAACUAUCUCAGUCGAACCUGGUUGUAACGAUAGAGUUACGAUUUCCGUGAAGAGACUGCGUGAAGUUACACUCCCAUCCAUGGAAGCAACAACAGAAACUGUCCUGGAACAAGAACAAACAUAUGUGCCCCCAGCUUUGCCAGCAAACAAACCACUAGCCGCCCCUCCGGAAAUGCUAAAUGCAACUUCAUCGGACAAGGCUAAAGUGCAGCGGGGCGACCCCAAAGUAAAAAAUGGACCUGGAGAAGACUCGGUCAGUCAGGCUUCAAAUACUGACGGAAAGCAGCCACUUUCCCACAGUAGCCUGCCAGGGGGCAGUAUGCUCAAAGGACAAGAUGUGCUGAUAUCCCAGUACGCUGGAAACAAAGAGGCUGUGCGGGCGGUCUUAAAGCAGAGGUCUAACAGUGCCCCUUUGAGGCGAGAGGUGAAGGUGCAGCUGCUGAACCGGCCAUCGUCUGCCAACCAGGCACCCCAGGGACCCCCACCUCUCCUGGGACCCCAGCCUCCUGCACUUUUCCCUGGGGACCAGGGGGCUGGUGCUGCUGCUGCAGCCGUCACUGCUGCGGCCCUCACUGUCACUGCACCGCUCCUGAAGGCGCAGAGUGAGCUGGACUCGCAGCUGGCGCGUUUCUCGGCGGACCUGCAGCGGCUGCAGGCGGUCAGGCCUCAGGAGGACCGCAGCAGCGUGCUGGAGCAGCAGCUCCACUCCCUGACUCAGCAGAGACUGCAGCACCUGGAGAGGAUCCAGGAACAACAGAUGGAACUGCAGAACCGUCUUCUGGGCUCCGCCCUGGAUGUGGUGACGGCCCGCGUCCCUGUACCCGCCCCGCAGGCGUCCGCGGCUCCCGCUCUGCAGCUGGCGCCGGGCCCUCGUGAGCAGAGCGUCACGCCCCCCGGGCCCCUGGCCCCCACCACCGCUGGGGCAGGAGCAGGUGACCGGGCCCAGCGCGGACGCGGGAGGCGGACCCCCCCGGAGACUCCGGCCCCCCGCAGGUUCGCCCCUAUGCCCAUGUCCCGGGACGCCAGGGCCCGAAACGGCCAGGAGCACCUCGCGCCGGACCCACGGAAGGCUUCCCGCCCGGCAGGAGGAAAUGGCAGGCUCCUGGAAGAGAUCCUUAACAACCCCAAAUCUUCAGGGAGCAGAACGAAGCCUGCGGGGGGACAGAGGGUUGCCAUAGCAACAGCUGUCUGCCAACCAGAACCAUCCAGAGCUCCAGGGCAGGCCAGCACAGCCGUGAGGAAGCCCAGCAGUGAGCACCCAGGCCUGGGCCGUGUGCUGGGAGAGCUCCCCUCUGUCCCCAGCGCAGCCAUGGAGAGGGCCUCGGGCAUGCUGCAGGACCUGGGCCGGCUCAAGCAGGAGAUGCAGACCCUGCUGCAGGAGGGUCGGCAGUCUCCUCCGCCCGGCCUGCAGACUCACGGCAAGACAGGGUCUGUGUUCCUCGGACGUGUCCUGCCUGGUGAUGCGCUCGGAGAUGAGGGCAGAGAGCCAGCCGCCCUCCCCCCUCCUCCCCCUCCUCCUCCUCCUCCUCCUCACGUCUCCACGGGUGAAGAGCGUGUCCAUGGCAACCUCCCUCAGCCCGCGCCUCGGCCGCCGCCCGCCCCGCCCACCCUGCUGCAGAAAAGCCGGCCCCCGCCGUCCAUGUUCGAGGACGCCGGGAAGACCCUGCGCCGAGUCCAGCGCCACAAGAGGCUCCUGGAGGACAAUCUGGAGGCCAUCUUGAGGGCGAAGGACGGGGAGGCUCUGCACUGCCAGCUGGAGGCGCUGUGCUCCAACAGGGGCGCCAAAGAGGCGGUGAGGAUAAAGAAGACCGUGGACGCCUGGAUCAGCACUCUUUCAAAGGAGAUCCAGGCUGAAAUGGGGAGAGAGGACUCUGUGGCUCAAACAGCCGAGAGGGACAAAGGGAGCCGUGGAGGUUCGCCGCUGAAGGGCGGGGGGGCCAAGGACCUGGGCCCGCUGAAAGAGGGGACAGGCGCGGCCGGGAGCAGGGCCAGACCUGCAGGAAGAAAGCCCUUUCAGAGAGGGGCCCAAGGACACGCCCCUGAGGCACAGCACAAACACCUCGCCCCCUCUCUGAAGACCAGAGGUCCCCACCAGCCAGCAGCAAGGCAUCAGGAGGACUCAGCACCAGUCCUAGAAGGCCGCAGUCCACCUAACAAGUUUUUGGCAAGGCUAUUUGGAGCGUCCAAGUCUGAAAAGGAGGACGAGGAGUAUUUGAUGAAGGUCUACGGGAAGGCGCUGUACGACGGCCAUCGGAGAACGCUGAAGAAGGCCCCCUACCUCCGCUUCAGCUCCCCCUCCCCAAAAUCCAAACCCCAGCGGCCGAGGGUGGUGGAGAGCGUCAGAGGAGUCAAAGUGAAGUCAGCUAAAACGCAGACCAGCCUGUUCCCAGACAAAACCCGCACCAUUGACACAGAGCCCCAGUACAUUUUCAGUCCUACAAGGGGGGGGCACGAUGGCCCUGGGGCGCCCCACACCGCGCUGGAGGGCCUUCUCAUCCCCAUGGCGAUCCCGCUCGGCCAGCCCAGAGUGGACGGAGGGGCCCCCCAGCCUUCCCGUGUCAUCAUCACUCGCCGUCCAGUGACCAUGACCGCCUCCAUCCCCCCGGCCCCGCCCAAACAGGCCAGCAAGCCCAACGUGGUGGUGAUGGAGGUUCAGUCCGAGAGGAAGCCGAAGCCCCAGCUCCGGGUGCAGGUUCUCCCCCGCGUGGACAUCGACAGCGUCUCUGGUGCGAGCCCGGCGCCCUCCUCGCCCCUCCCUCACCCCCCACGAAUACAGACAGUGGAGCAGGUUCCAGAAGAAGAUCUGACCGUCUUCCCUGGAACCGAUUACCUGGCUGUGGCUGACAUAUCUCAGGAGCCGGAGGAGGAGUUUGUGGACACGCCCAUCGAGCUGAGCGGUUCCGCCGAGCCUCCAGCCGCCAUGUACCACGGCCCGGCUUACCCACCCCAGCCGUCAGGGCCCCCGCCAGGCACAGAGCCCAUCCUGGGGGUCAUCCAACAGAGGGAGACCCUGGAGAACCGGCUGGUGGACUGGGUGGAGCAGCAGCUGAUGGCCAGGGCGAUCGCGGGGAUGUGUCCCCAGCGUGCGCCGGUGGAGCAGGCCAGCCUGUCCGAGCCGGAGGAGAGCGGCUCUGAUAUAGUCGAAGCGGCUGGUGGAGGGGGCCUGCAGUAUUUUGUGGAUGCGGGAGUUCCAGUCGAUUCGGCCUUGAUCCGCCAGUAUGUGACUGAUGCCCUGGCCGAGACUGUUGCCCUCAUGCUCGGCCAGAGAGAGGGGCAAGGACGGCCCACCACACCCCCCCAGCCUCUGGACGUCCCAUGCACAGCGGAGGUGGUGGUGCCCACGCCUGUGCCCAGUCCCAGGGAGAGCCCCCUGCCCCUAGCCAAAGAGCCUUCUCCUCACAGCACCCCGGAGCCCUCAGAACAGGGCUCCACCACUGAGUCGCCCCGGGACCUCCUGCCCCCUGAGGACCGGGGCACAGGGCCUGCAGGAGCAGAACGGAGUCCAGUGGCCACUCCCACCAUCACUCCUGUCUCAUCUCCACCUCGAGUGGCAACGCCCCCAGCCCUUCCCACUCCUCAGAGUAUGGAGUCAGCGCGACACCUCAACCCCUGGGGAGAUGCCGAGCUCCCCCUGGAGGAGGAGGUCCCACACUGUGAUAUUGAGGACUCCCUGCAGUACCACAGGCCAGUGGUAAUGUCCGUUGCUAAAGAGGAGGAGCCUGUCAGCCUGGUGUCCGUAUCUCCGCCUCUUCUUCCAAAGCAGCCGUCCCCACCCCGACACUCCACGACCCCUCCCCUUUUGCCUGAGACCCCACCCCCCGCCUCCUCUCCCUCCAGUGCGGACAGCAGCUCGAGUCCGUCCGUCACAGAGACGGACGCAGCCGGCAGGCACAUCUCAGAGGGGGAGCUGCUCCUCAGCUCUGGACCCAUGGCAGCAGCGAGAGUUAUGGCAGAGGAAGGACUGACUUUACCUGCCUUCAACACAAGUCUCUCCAGCUCCCUGCAUGGAGUCCUGGACAUUGAUUAUGACCCGCCCAGCGAGGGCCAGGUGGUGAGGAGGCCUCGGGUCCCACACCACCGCGACCCCUUCCUCUCGCUGCUGGCCAAAAUGGACCAGGGUCCCAUGCUGCUGCAAGAGGUCUCUCACCACCCCGAGGGCUGCUGGGAUGAGGACAGCAGCGCAGGUGAACUCAGCGAGGGCCAGAGGCCUCGGCUAACCGCCGUAGGGGAGAGCUUACUGACCGGACGCUCCCUCCUGGACCAGGCCACCCUCAGUCGCCCGGGACCGGGACCGGGACCAUCGCCCGGCCAAGGUGGCCACUUGUCCCCGGGACAGCUGUCCUUACCAGCAGGUAUGGCGUUGGGCAGUGUUCAGGCCAGUGAGAAUCCAGUCACCUUAAUGGACCUGGCAGCGUCCCCACAUACAGAGCCUGGAGCAAGGGACAGUGAAGAACAGGCCUCUGACUGUAUAGUUCCUGCCCGUAGACCUGCUCCAAUCCUGGUGAGGCAGUAUCAGGAGAGACCAGGAGGCACUGAGGAGACAGACUCGAGUUUCAACAGUGGCCCCCUCUCCACCAACGCUAAUGCUUUCUUCCAGGGCGAAGACAGAGACGUGCCGUUCGUCUCAACAUCCUCGGGUCAGCACAGCCCCACCACAGUGUUAGUGAUGCUGCCGUCCGCCGAGCAGGACAGGGCGUCGGCCAGCGUCAGCGCCGUGGAAACAGACUCCUCUGAAAAUGAUGUGUUCUAGCAGCCGUCUGAUGACCGUGUGAAUGAUCCACCUCUACAAUCAUGAGCUGCCGACCAAAUUUACUGUACAGUAACUAUUUAAUUACAUACUUCCAGUUAACUAGAUUGAUUGUAUAUGUUUUUAACUAAUAAAAUUGUAUAGUACUGUUUUUAGAAUAAACCUAAUAGACCAUCCUGUGCUUUGUGAUGAAUCGUACUACAUUCUGUUGACUUUGCAAUGUCAUGUGUGUUUUCUGUGAUGACGUGCCUUCAGAAAAAUUCAUUAUUAAAACUUUCUUUAAACUUUA